GCGAAAGUUAGUCUAGGAGGAAGACCCGAAGGGCGAAGUUCCGGUGGGAUAACAACAAUUACUGCACGCCACCUGGAGUGCAGGGACCUUGUUCAAACUGAAAAAUGGCUCAAGCACGGGUUACCGAUUAUUUUGCGCAGAGUAAGAAGGGUGGCGUCGCUCGGUCUUUACGGUCCAAGGGACAAAAGGUGUCAGGAGACGCCGCGGAGUCAGCGGUAAUCUCUAAACCAAAGAUAGCGUCCAGAGCCACACGAUCCUCGCGCAAAACGACGCGCGAUCUCAGCCCACCUCAAGAACAUGUUCAACAGGAGUUCCUCAAAGUCAUCGAUGAGGCUUUAUCGACACAAACGGACACCGCGGCCGACUCGCGAGACGCGAGGAGCGAGGUCUUAACGGCGAGCCCCAGGACUCCUAAACGGACGGCGGAGUUUGACGCGGCGCUGUUCCCGUCUACAGCAGAGCAGCACAGCAGCGCCAAGAAGCGCAUGAGGGUCACCGCUGGACAAAGCUGCAGAGCUUCACCGGAGGAGCGUCCGGUUCACAAAACGGCGAGGAAGAAGCUCGAUCUUCUCACGAAUGACCGCAAAGAAGAGGGCAUUGAGCCUUCGGCCAACAGCACCCCUCAACAAACUGCCAGCAAAGAGCCUAAAAACACCGUCGAUCAUAAUGCUAACAGCUCCCCUGUGAACAAAACGAGUGGAGACGAUAAGCCCAAGCGGACAACCAGGAGCAAGAAAACGUUUACGAGAGAGGAUGUGGCGGCAUUGAAGUCCAAGCUGCAGAAACUGAAAGGACUGUCUGAAACGGCGACGACCCCCUCGCCUGCCCCCGUGUCGUCCCUAACGGAGCUGAAAGCCAGGCUCGAUGCAGCCCGGGAGAUCUCCGCCAAAGCUCAGCAGAGAAAGGCUGAGCGGGAAAAUGCUAAAGCUGCCGAGGCACAGGUUGAGCCCGAAGCACAGGAAAGAGAGAAGCUCCCAGCUUAUCAGCGUUACCACACUUUGGCUCAGGACGUGCCGCCUGGCCUUACUCUGCCCUUCCAGUACAAGGUUCUCGCUGAGAUGUUCCGCAGCACAGACACCAUAGUCGCGAUGCUCUUCAACCGCUCCGAGACGGUCACUUUUGCCAAAAUCAAGCAAGGGGUCCAAGAUAUGAUGCGCAAGCGUUUUGAAGAGAGCCAUCUGGGGCAGAUAAAAGCGGUGUACCCUUCUGCUUAUACUUUCCGUCAGGAGAAAAACGUUCCGUCUUUCAGUGCUACUGCUAAAAGGUCCAGCUAUCAGCUCACAGUGGAGCCAGUCAUUGAAGAAGAAUUUAACGGUACUCGUCCAGUGUUGUCGGCCUCUCGUCUUUUGGAAAGAAGGCACACGUUUCACCAAAAUCUGGUUGAAAUCGUGAAGGGACACCACAAGGUGUACCUGGCUUCUCUAAACCCUCCCAUUGUUGUUCCUGAUGAUAAACUAACCCGCUGGCAUCCGAAAUUCAAUGUGGAUGAGGCUCCCGGCAUCAAGCCAAGCGAUUUGCCUCAACCUCCACAAACCGAGAAACUGACCUCGGCACAGGAAGUGUUGGACAAAGCUCGUGCUCUCAUGACACCAAAGAUGGAGAAAGCCUUGGCUAACAUGGCUUUGAAAACAGCAGAACGCGCAUGUGCGAAGGAGCCAGAGACCUCAGCUAAAUUGGUUGCCACACCAACAGAAACCCCUAAUGCCCUUAAAGGAGUGUCUCAAUCACUGCUGGAGAGGAUCCGUGCCAAAGAGGCUCAGAAACUGCACGCUGCCAUGACACGCAACCCACAGCAGGAGGAGCGCCUGUCCAUGAUGACACGGCUGCCAGAACUGGCCAGGAUCUUGCGAAAUGUUUUUGUAGCGGAGAAAAAGCCUGCCCUCAUCAUGGAGCUCGCCUGCAACCGCGUGAUCGCCAGCUACAGAUCUCCUCUCAGUUCUGAUGAAAUGGAAAAACAUCUCGGCCUGUUGGCAGAGUUGGCGCCCACCUGGCUAACUGUACAUCCAAUCAGGAAGGACAUGUACCUGAAGCUGAACAAGACCAUGGAUCUGAACAUUGUGCUGGACAAACUGAACCAAAAGAUGAAGGAAGAGGAGCGCAUUUGAGGAAACUCACGAGACUACUGAGAAAAUAACACGUGCAAUAUUUUAUGGGUUAUGCCUGGAUUUUAAGAUUGAGAUGACAGUGACUACUUUUUAACUUGUUCAGUCAUUUACAAGAUUUCCACAUCCGAUGGUCACCGUUUUUAACCUGUUUCUGUUGUGAUUUUUGCUCUUUGCAUCUUAGCACAAUAAUUGUUCAUAAAUGUAGACG